CAACUACCUCGACGAAUACCUAAGUAUGCUCCGAGGACCGGUCACGCGCGGGAUAGCCUCACGUGCGGUGGAUCUCAGCUGGCGCAGCCGACUCCAGAGCUCAGCCCCGCAUCAGCCAGAGGUGCAGCCUAGUCUCGCAACCUUUGUUAUUGUUCUCCCUUUCUUACUCCCCUAAUGACCCUCUUUAUCCUCUCAGACCCGGUCCGAUGAGAUGGCGGAAGCGCUAGCCGUAGUUGGUAUCGUCGCCAGCAUAGUGCAGCUCGUUGACUCCGGGUCGCGGGUUCUCAGCCGCCUUGAAGAAUAUCGUUCCAGCCUAGGCGACAUCCCUGAAUCGUUCCGACACGUUAAGACGGAGCUUCCUGUGCUGCUAGAUGCGCUUAAACAGAAAAAGGCCGAGAUCGAUGCUGGACAGAUAACCAACGACUCCAAAAAGGCCCUCGCCCCUGCGGUCGAAGCAUGUGGGAAGCAGAUCAAGGCCCUGAACGAUGUCAUUGCGAAAGCGCUGCCGAAGCCUGGGGACUCCUGGGCUAAGAGGAAGACGAAGGCGCUUGGAAGCCUUCGGUAUGACGCAAAGGUCGAAAAGAUAACGACGGUGAUCCGGGGCUACAUCCAGACGCUGACAUUCCACGCUGCCUCUUCAUCGAGGCCUUCUGCAUCGACACCCUUGGCAGGCCCACCCGUCCCGUCUUCCACAGUUCCGUUCCGACGCGACCCACACUUCGUAGACCGCGAUAUACUUGCAGAAAUAGGUCGCAAGAGCCAGCAGCCAGCAGCUAGAGUAGCUUUGGUUGGCCUUGGUGGAGUGGGAAAAUCACAGCUCGCCGUCGAGUACUCGUACCAGGUGCGAGAAAAGUCGCCCACUACCUGGGUCUUCUGGAUGCAUGCAGGUACCACGGCACGAUUUACAGAAGGCUAUCGGCAGAUCGCCGAACGAGCUAGAAUUGCUGGCCGGAAUCAACCGAAUGUUGACGUCUUGAAACUUGUCUAUGACUGGCUGUGCGAUGAGUCGAAUGGUCGCUGGGUGAUAAUCAUCGACAACGCAGAUGAUUUUGCUGUCUUCGCGCCUCGGCAAGACCAUUCUCAAGACACAACACCAGGGUUAUUGGACUUGCUACCACAGUCACCAAAUGGUGAUAUUCUCAUCACCUCACGAAGCCGAGACGUCGCUUUCCGGUUGACGGGGAACUUCGACGAUAUCAUCAAAGUCGAUCCGAUGGACCGAGUGCAUGCUCUGGCAUUACUCCGAACGAAGCUUGGGGGUACCUCUAAACAGGACGAUCCGGCAGAAGCACAACUAGUUGAGGCGCUUGACUUCAUGCCCCUUGCUAUCUCUCAAGCCGCCGCUUAUAUCCAGAGAGCGCCUCGAGUUACAGUGUCGAGGUAUUUACAGGAUCUCCACAAAGGGGAUCAAGAUAGAGCACGAUUGCUGCAGACGGAUGCCGGAGACACUCGCAGGGACGGCACAGCGUCAAACUCCAUCAUUGCUACUUGGCAGAUCUCUUUCGAACAUAUCCGUAAAGCGAAGCCCUCGGCGUCGCGGCUCUUAGCGCUCAUGAGUCUUUUCGAUCGGCAGGGAAUCCCGGAAUCCCUCGUUGAUGGCCAUUAUCAAGAGGACGGAGAUGCCUGCGCCGACUUUGAGGACGACCUCACCGAAUUGAUGAGUUUCUCCCUGGUCGCUAUAGGCAAGGAUGGUGACCAAUUUGAGAUGCAUCGACUCGUACAGUUCUCAACCAGGAAAUGGCUUGAGCUGCAGGGCGAGCUGGAAGGUUGGAAGAAAAAGUACGUAAUCCUUUUGGACAACUAUCUUCCUUAUGGCAAAUACGAGAACUGGGAGACCUGUCAAAAGCUAUAUCCACACGCUCAAGCAGCAGUAGCGUGUCGGCCAACCGAUGACAGCGCGCUAGUAACAUGGGCUUCCGUCCUUUUCAAAGCUUCGUGGUACGCAAGCGAAAUGGGGUACUACCAGGCCGCGCAGGAGAUGAUCCAAGACUCUUUGCAGGCAAGGCAGAUCGCUCUAGGAGUGGAGCACGAAGACACACUUGAUAAUCUCACCAUUCUCGGCAUAGUGUUCGAUAGAGAGGGUAGUUACGACCAGGCUGAAGCAAUACAUCGCCGAGCACUAGAAGGAUUUGAGAAGGUGUUUGGACCGGAACACCAAAGCACGCUUACGAGUCUUAAUAACCUUGGAGUAGUGUUAGAAAGGCAAGGAAGAUACAAAGAGGCGGAAGCGGUGCAUCGGCGCGCUUUGGAGGGACAUGAAAAUGUGCUUGGUCUAGAGCACGAAGACACGCUUCACAGUCUUAAUAACCUUGGAGUUGUGUUGAAGAAACAAGGAAAAUACGAAGAGGCGGAAGCGUUGCAUCGGCGCGCACUUGAGGGCCGUGAGAAAGUUCUUGGACCGGAACACAUAAGCACGCUUGAGAGCCUCAACAACCUGGGGCUAGUAUUGUUGGAGGAAGGCAAGUUUUCAGAGGCUGAAGUGAUGCUUCGACGAGCUCUAGAAGGAAGUGAGAAGAUCCCUGGGACGGAGCACCCUGACACACUUAUUACCGUUGGCAAUCUUGGGUUGCUUUACAAGAGACAGGGCAAGUAUAAAGAGGCGGAGGUGAUGGAGCGACGAGCGCUCGCCGGAAGAGAAAAGGUGCUGGGCAAGGAGCACCCAGAUACAUUGCUUAGCAUGAACAAUCUCGCGUGUACGUUGGAUGAAUUAGGGCAUAAUGAAGAGGCCGAGGUGAUGAAGCGACGAGUGCUAGCUGGAAAAGAAAAGGUGCUGGGGAAGGAGCACCCAGAUACCUUGACCAGCAUGAACAAUCUCGCGUGGAUAUUGAAGAAAUUAGGGCAUGAUGUGGAAGCCAUUUCGCUUAUGGAGAAUGCCUUUCGGGGACGGAAACGGAUCCUUGGUGUUGAACAUCAAUACACAAAAGACUCGUUUAAGGCGCUGAAUAUGUGGACGGAUGGAGUGUACCAUGAUUCAGACAUGGAAUAG